GCCUGGCUUGCGCAUUAUCUGUGUUCUGAAAUUCGACAGGAAGAAAUGGAAUAUGUUGAACUCUUAGCAGCAGAAAAGCAUCAGGUUGAAGCCCUUAAGAACAUGCAGCAUCAAAACAAAAGCCUGUCAAUGCUCGAUGAAAUCCUUGAAGAUGUCCGGAAGGCAGCUGAUAGACUGGAGGAAGAAAUAGAAGAGCAUGCCUUUGAUGACAAUAAAUCUGUAAGAGGUGUAAACUUUGAAGCAGUUUUAAGGGUGGAAGAAGAUGAAGCCAACUCCAAAAGAAAUGCUUCAAAACGAGAAGUAGAGGAUGACUUAGGUCUUAGUAUGCUCAUUGAUUCCCAGAACAACCAGUAUAUCCUUACCAAGCCCAGGGAUUCAACCAUUCCUCGUGCUGAUCAUCAUUUCAUAAAGGAUAUUGUGACAAUAGGAAUGUUGUCUUUGCCAUGUGGCUGGCUAUGCACGAUGAUAGGAUUGCCAACUAUGUUUGGGUAUAUCAUCUGUGGCGUACUGUUAGGACCAUCAGGAUUAAAUAGCAUUAAGUCUAUUGUGCAGGUGGAGACAUUAGGAGAAUUUGGUGUAUUCUUCACUCUCUUUCUAGUUGGUCUGGAAUUUUCUCCUGAAAGAUUAAGAAAGGUAUUUUAUUUUUGUUGUACUUCUAUAUUACCAGAUUUAACUGCUACUGUCACCAGUUCUAUUUCAGAUUUGCACGUGCUUUCUGUAAUAGACUAGUUUGUUGUUAGACAG